GAGAAAAGGUUGAAAAGCACACCCAGAGCACGACCUUUUCCUUCGCUUCCCUUCCACUCGUCUUCUCUUCUCUCAACAGAGGUGAUUAUCUGAGGAAGGAUGAGGCACUGAGAAGCGUUGGAUGGUUGGGAUCUCGGGAUGGACCGCCGGAGUUGGCUGUGGAGGCGGAGGUCGUCGGAGAAGAGCCCAGGCGAGACCGAGAGCUCGGGGUCGGUAUCUUCGCAUUCCGAGCGCUACUCCGAUGAUCAGGAUGCAUUCAAGGCUUCUCCAAUAAAUGCUUCUCCAAGUCAAGCUCAAUCACCUGAGGUUUCAUCAAAAACUGCUGGCGGUGAAGUCAAUGAAACUGUUAAGAGUUUGACUGAGAAACUAUCAGCUGCUCUUUUGAACAUUAGUGCUAAAGAGGAUUUGGUGCAGCAGCAUGCUAAAGUUGCAGAAGAAGCUGUUUUAGGUUGGGAAAAGGCAGAAAAGGAAGUUGCGACACUGAAGCAGCAGCUUGAAGCUGCAGCACGGAAGAACUCUGCCCUAGAAGACAAAGUUGGACACAUUGAUGGUGCCCUCAAGGAAUGUGUUAGGCAGCUCCGGCAAUCCAAAGUGGAGCAAGAGCAAAGAAUCCAUGAUGCUCUCAUCAAGAAAACCCUUGAAUGGGAGUCUGACAAGUUUAAGCUUGAGAGCCAGCUUGUUGAGCUCCAGGCCCAGCUAGAAGCUAAAGCUGAAGCUACCGCCCCUAUUUACCAUGAACAUCAUGCAAAAGUUGAAGCUCUUGAGCAAGAAAACAUGGCUCUCAAAGAUGAACUACUUGCUUGUGCUGAGCAUCUUAAAUUGCUGACACUAGAGAGGGAGCUGAGUACUAGAGCAGCAGAAACAGCCAGUAAACAACACUUGGAGAGCAUAAAGAAGGUGGCUAGGCUUGAAGCUGAGUGCCGUAGGCUGAGGGCUGUAGCAUGUAAAUCCUCACUAAGUAAUGGCCACAAGCCUAUAUCUAGCUCUGCCUAUGUGGAGUCUCUUACAGACAGCCAAUCGGAUUGUGGGGAAAGGUUUCUUGGUCUGGAUAAUGAGCCAAGCUGCUCAGAUUCAUGGGCCUCAGCUCUAAUUGCUGAGCUCAAUCAGUUCAGGAAUGAGAAAUCCAGUGCAACAAACCUUUCCAUGUCUGCAGAAAUUGACAUAAUGGAUGAUUUCCUUGAGAUGGAAAGACUCGCUGCGUUGCCUGAGGCUGACCAUGGAAGCUCUAGCUUUGAGCUUGAAGCCGAAACUGACCAUGCUGUAAGAGAUAGCUCAUCAAAAAGUGAAGUGGAAGCUGUGCAUCAGCAGAUGACUGGGUUAGAGGAAAAGGUUGACAAAAUGGCAACUGAGAAAGUGGAAGUCGAGAUGUCUUUGAAUGAAACCAGAAAUCAGCUUAAGAUUUCUUGCAAUCAGCUGACAGUAGCUGAGGAUAAGUUGAUGGACUUGCAAAGGCAGCUAAAUUUGGUUAAUGGGGAAAAGCAUAUUCUUGAGAUAGAAGUAGAAACUAUGGAGGCAAAAAGAAAUGAAUUGGAACGUCAACUUGAAUCAGCACAUAUGAAAAUUGGGGAUCUAUGUGAGCAAGUGAGUUCAUUGGAAGCAAAGGUUGAGAAAGAGAAGACAAUAUCUAGAGAAUUAGCAGCUAGGUAUCAGAAUAUGGAGUUCCUGGAGGCGAAAAGAAAGGAACUGGAAUUUCGACUUGAUUCAGCCCAUAAAGAAAAUGUAAAGUUACAGGAGAAGGUGAGUCUAUUAGAAAGAAAAGUGGAGGAAGAGAAGGCAUCAUCUUCAGAACUUGCAUCUAGUUGCCAGAGUAUGGAGGCUUUGGAGGCAAAAAGAAAGGAACUGGAGUCGCAGCUUGAGUCAGCUUAUUUGGAAAAGGGAAAGAUACAUGACAAAGUUGAUUUAUUGCAAAAGAAAAUUGAGGAGGAGAGGGCAUUUUCUGCAGAAAUAUCAGCUAAGUUCCAGUGUUUGGAAGCUGUGAACAUAAAGAAAACGGAAUUGGAGUCUCAACUAAAUUCAGCACAUUUGGAAAUCAGAAAGCUAUAUGAGAAGGUUAGUUUACUAGAAGGAAGACUUGAAAAAGAGAGGACACUCUCUGCUGAAUUUGCAGCUAAUGCAGAGGCUGGAGAGGCAAAGAGAAGGGAAUUGGUAGCACAGCAUGAGGCAGCAAAUCUGGAAAUUAAGAGGCUACUUGAGAAGAUGGCUCUACUGGAAAAACAAUUUGAGGAGGAGAGAGCAUUGUCUCAAGAACUUGCAGCCAAGUGCCUGGAAUUGCAAAAUGAGCUAUCUCGGAAGAAGCAGGAAGCUGAGCUCCAUCAACGUGCACAUUCAAAUGGAGAGUUGAAAAUCAAACAGGAGAAAGAACGAGUUCUGGCUUCUGGGAAAUUAGCGGAGUGUCAGAAGACAAUAGCCUCUCUUAACCGGCAGUUGAAAUCAUUAGCAUCAUUAGAUGAUUUCUUGCUCGAAGCCGAGAAUCCAGAUUUAAAUGGAGAUUCACUAAAUCUUAGAGGGCAAAAUUUAAGAACAGUUUAUUCAAGCAGUUCUCCAGAAAAGUUUGUCAGUUCAACUCCGCUGAAUGGUGAAGUGAGUGGAUCCCUGGAAUCUUCUUCAUCCUCUGCUAUGUCUGGUUUUGCUGAGCUUUCAAUCCUAAGUGAAAACAAUAGCACUACAGAAAACCAAUAGGCAUGUAAACGGAGUUUCUGUGCUCGCUGUUUGAUUGGUAAAUGUAUAAGAGACGUGUUAUGCUGCAAACUUUACAAAUUGGCAGUUCACAGGUGAUUUUUCUGUUAUCAAAACCUAAGCAAGAAAGAGGGAAAAUUUGAAGGAUUAAACUAAAGAGUGGCAACUUUGUAUA